UCACCCAGUACCUCCUUUUAAGUUUUGAUCGCAUGUAUUUUACACAAUUACAAUUAUAUUGGGUUAUAUAGACGGCACACAGAAACCAAAACCGUGCGAGCAACUUUAUUUAUUUUUGUUCAAGCCAACCAAAAAAAAAAAAAAUUGAUUGCAGCCGUCUGGAGCUGGAACUGAAACAUAUGUCCAUCUUCAUUGUUGCAGAUUUCAGGAGCUCUCGACAUUAUGGCCUCCAUAUGGAAUGUGGUUCUGUUAUUCUGCUUACAACUACUUAACUUCCUGGCUGAGGGCAAUGCUCAUCUAACCUAUAUGGUAGCAAUUCCUCAUCAAAUUCAUGGAGGAACUAUGGAAAAAGUAUGUGCCCAUCUCCUCCAGCCUAAUGAAACUAUUUUAAUCACCAUAACCUUAACAAUGGAGAGUGCUAACCUCACUCUUUUGGAGGAAAAAAUUAAGGAAAAGGAUUUCUACAAAUGUAUUGAAUUUAAGGUUCCAAUGAGCAAUAAAUUUGUUGGACAUAUUGAGAUGAGUCUGAAGGGUGAAAGCUUUGAGGUUGUAGACAAGAAAAAAGUGCUUAUUACCCCAUCAAAGCCAAUGACCUUCAUACAGACAGACAAACCCAUCUAUAAGCCAGGACAAACAGUUAAGUUUCGCAUUUUUGCAAUGGAUGAAGAUUUUUUACCUGUUAAUGAAAAGUAUACAACUUUGGAACUAAGGGAUUCCCGAUCAAAUCGAAUUGGGCAGUGGCUUAACAUAUCUACCAAUAGUGAAAUUGUGGAUCUGUCCUACCCCACAACUUCAGAAGCCCCUUUGGGAAAAUAUACCCUGAAAGCAUGGCAGGAACAAGAGGUCACUCAUCAGUAUGCUUUUAAAGUUAACGAAUAUGUUCUUCCAAAGUAUGAAGUUCUGAUUAACCUGCCGGAAAUAGUGACCAUUAAAGAUACACAAGUCACUGUUCAGGUCUGUGGAAAGUAUACUUAUGGAAAACCAGUUGUAGGCAGUGUGAAACUGACAUUUUGCCGAAAAGCCUUAGAUUCCUGGGAUUCAGAUAAGCAAGAAAAUGAUAUUUGCCAAAAGCAUAGCAGUACUACCAACAAGUCUGGCUGUACAACUCAAGUUGUGGAGCUUGAAGGAUUUGCAUUGAAUACCACAAGAUAUGAAAAUUUUUUCAGAGCUGAUGCUGAAUUGAUUGAAGAGGGGACAGGUGUUAAGCUCCAAGCAACUUCUACUACAAAAUUCACAGUUUUUGUGGUUAUUGUAGAUUUUAAGGAUACAGGAAACUCAUACAAACAAGGAAUUCCUUUCAAAGGAAAGAUAAAGGUGAAAAAAGCUGGUUCUUCUCCAGUUGCUAAUGAUCAAGUGUUUCUUGAAAUUGAACAAAAUGGACUGAAAGAAACUAUGCAAUUAAACACAAGCAAGAAUGGUAUGGCCUUCUUCUCACUGAACACUUCAUCAUGGGGUACUGGCAGUGUUAGACUAUGGGCAUAUUACAAAAAGAGUAUGGAACGCAACACUGCUGGUGGUUUGGUUCCCGGUUACAAAAGUGCAUCACUUUUGAUAAAUCCCUUUUACUCUAAAAGCAAAAGUUUUGUAAAAAUUCAUCACAUUAGUGGAGAACUUAAAUGUGAAAGAAAAGCAAAAGUCAUCGUGGACUACAUCAUAAGAAGAAAUGAGCUUGAGGAGGGGGCAACAUUUGUUGAGUUCUUCUACCAAGUAAUAGCAAAGGGAAGCAUAGCAUUGAAUGGAAGACUUCAGGUUCAUCUGAAAGACAGAGAAGAGGGAUCAUUUGAUUUCACUUUUCCUGUCACAUCCAGUGUCUCACCAUUUGCUCAAGUUCUUAUUUACACUAUUUUCCCAAGUGGAGGGAUGAUUGCAGAUAGUAACAAUUUUAAAGUUCAAAAAUGUUUUAAGAACAAGGUAAAACUGAGAUUCUCUUCACCCCGUGAACUUCCUGGUGGUGACACGAACCUGCAACUGCAAGCUAAGCCGGGAUCCUUGUGUUCUGUUCGCUCUGUCGAUAAAAGUGUUUUGUUGAUGGAUUCCAGACGUGAACUGACUGCAGAUGAGGUUUACAAUCGGAUUCCAGUUAAGAUGAUGGAUGGCUAUAAUUAUGAAGUAGAUGACCGGGAUGAAUACCCCUGUAUAGACAGAUCCUUGGAAUAUUUAAACACUGACACAAUGCACGAUUCAUCUGAUAAUUCAGUUAAUGAUAUUUUUAGCGUCUUUAAGACUCUGGGCUUAAAGUUACUUACCAAUUCAGAUGUAAAGAAGCCUGUACUUUGUGAUGAUUAUGUUUAUUAUGACGAAUAUGAGAAUUUAGCAUAUUUCAAGCCUUUAAGUAAUCCUGUUGCCAACAAAGCUGAAUCUGUAAAGGAAACUGUCCGUACGUUCUUUCCAGAGACAUGGAUUUGGAGUCUGAUUUCAGUUGGUAAGUUGGGUGUAAUCGACCUUCCACAGACUGUUCCAGAUACCAUCACUGAGUGGCAGGCAGAUGCUUUUUGUACUUCACCUGAAGGAUUUGGUUUGGCACAUCCUGUUCAAUUAACAGCUUUCCAGCCUUUCUUCCUAGAGCUGACUUUACCCUACUCAGUGGUCCGCGGUGAAGCAUUUGAGCUGAAAGCCUCCGUUUUUAAUUAUCUGCCCCAGUGUAUUAUGGUUAUGGUGAGUGCAGCUGAGUCUUCCCAGUACCACUUAGAACCAUGUGAGAGGUGUGAAUACAAAAGCUGUGUGUGUGCUGAUGAAAGCAAAGUAUUCCACUGGGCUUUUACAGCUAAAGCAUUGGGUGAGGUGAACGUAACUGUUCGUGCCGAGGCUGUGAAUACUGAGGAAUUAUGUGGAAAUGAAGUAGUCACUUUUCCAGACCAUGGACGUGCUGACACUGUCAUCUGGAAACUGCUUGUAGAGGCUGAGGGAGUUCAGAAGACACUUGCAAACAAUGUUCUAUUGUGUCCUAAAGACGAGUACAUUGAGACCAAGACAUUUUCUUUGGAACUCCCAGAGGUGUUUAUCGAAGGAUCAGUCAAAGCAUCUGUAUCAGUCCUAGGAGAUGUGUUGGGACGAGCCAUGCAGAACCUGGACAAACUCCUGGCUAUGCCUUUUGGGUGUGGUGAACAAAAUAUGCUACUUUUUGCUCCUAACAUUUAUAUCCUAAGGUAUCUGGAAGCAACAGGACAGGUGACAGAACAAAUCAAAGCCAAAGCGAUCCGAUUCAUGGAGACAGGGUACCAGAGGGAGCUAAACUAUAAACAUACAGACGGAUCUUACAGUGCAUUUGGAAAAUCAGAUGUGUCAGGCAACACCUGGCUGACAGCAUUUGUGAUGAAGUCCUUUGGUAGUGCACGCCAAUUCAUUUUUAUUGAUUCUGCUCAUAUCCAUGAUGCCAAAAACUGGUUGGGUAGACACCAGCUGGAAAAUGGAUGCUUCCAGAGUGUUGGGAAUCUUUUUCAUAGUGGAAUGAAGGAUUCUAUUUUAAGUAACAGUCUUUCUUGCCUAAAAUCAUCAUUAAGUACUGUGACUGAUGUUUACUCAAAAGUCCUAUUAUCCUACAUGUUUGCUUUGACAAGAGAUGAACAGGCCAGAAGCUCUAUGCUUUCUUUUCUGGACAAAGUGGCUGUUAAAGCAGAUGGUAAUCUAUUCUGGGAAAGGUCUGGAUCUAGGGAAGAAAUCAUCUCUGUUCAGGUGGAGAUGACAUCUUAUGUACUACUUUCACUGCUCUCCGGACCACCUCUCCCAGGAUUUGGCCUUAUGUAUGCAUCUGAGAUUGUGCAGUGGCUUGUCCGUCAGCAGAACUCACAUGGAGGCUUCUCAUCCACGCAGGAUACAGUCAUGGCGCUGCAGGCUCUUUCUCUUUAUGCUGCUCAAACAUUUAAACCUGAUAGUUCUGGCACAGUGACUAUUAGCUCUGCACAGGGAUUUCAGACACAGUUCUAUCUGGACCAAAGCAAUCGACUUCUCUAUCAAGAGAAGGCAAUGUUUGAAAUUCCAGGGAUAUACAGCAUCAAGGCACAGGGUGAUGCAUGUUCUUUUGUGCAGCUAGCACUUCAAUAUAAUGUUCCAACUCUUCCAGACUUUUCUAGUUUUAACAUCUCAGCUGAAGCUUAUGGAAUAUGCAGCGAAACUCAGAAAAAUACGUUGGAUGUUAAACUUGUUGUUGGAUACAAUGGCAAUCGAGACAGGACUAACAUGGUCAUUGUAAAUGUAAAACUUCUUUCAGGGUAUGAUGUGGAUGGGGUAUCAAUUUCAAGGCUCAGACGUAUUCCACUUGUGAAACGUAUUGACAACAAUAAAGGAUACAUUGACAUCUAUCUUGAGGAGCUGCUGAAACAGACACCUUUGACUUUGCAGUUUACCAUUCAAGAAGGGAUUGCAGUGAAGAACAUUAAACCAGCUACUGUCAGAAUUUAUGAUUACUACCAAACAAAUGAUCAUGCUGAAGCUGAAUACAGAACACCUUGCUCCACAGAUGAUGAAGAAAAAACUACUGCAUUGUGAAAACAGAAACAAACGAACACAAUGUUGACAAUCUGAAUGUGUAUUGAUGGAAACAAAAAACACCUGUUUUGAAUGAAUUUAACAGUGCUUGGAAAACAGCCUUCUACAUUCUCUUCUCCCAUAUCCCAAGUUGGCUGACAUUUGUACUGAGGGGUCUGUCAAUAAAUAAAUAAAUAAUAAAUAAAAUGACUUUUCAUAAGGGGUAAUGGGAGUGAAUGUUCUAAAGUCAGUAUUGGUACAGUAAAUAUAAGUUCACUCUGGUUUAUAUAUACUGUAUUAGCUAUGAGCAACAUAAGUAAAAUCAGAAAAACAAUGCUAUAAUGCAAACUCCCAACAUUUGAUACUAGUGAUACUGUUUUUUAUAUACAAAAGAUGCUUUAGAUAUACAGUACAGUAGACUGUUUGGGGUACAAGUUAUCUGUCAUUCACAUUUCUCUGUCAUACUUUUUAAUCCUUUAAAAUUAAGUCACUGCUUUAACAUUUAUUGUACAUUUGGACAGAGCUACAACUAGUAAUUACCAGGGAAAAGUGCAACGGUUAAUUCUUUUAACACAAUGUUUGGGUAAGCAAGUCACUGCAAUUCAGGAGGUACAGGUUAUAGUUAAAUGGUUCAGUUGUUUGACUAUUUUAUACAAUUGAGAAUCACUUCCAGUAAUAAUUCUGGGCUGCAUCCUAGUGAUUGUUUAUCUCACAGCCCAGCCAACAGAUGCUUAUUUACCUUGUAGAAAAUGUAUCCUUUAUCAAACAUGAAAUAUUCUUUGUAAUGUGUUUUAAUAUUUCCAGUGGAGAGAUAAUCUAUGUGUACUGUAAUAAAGGCAUAACUCAAAUAGGUUUCACUAAUGUUACCUUGGUGUUUUUGCUGACAAUCCCAUUGAUUGUGGUUUUCUCCUGUUUUAAUGGUUGUAACUCUGCUAAGUUGUACAUGUGCUCCAAUAAAUAAAUUCUGCUUUCCAUAACAA